UGGUUCUUAUUGAGAAACUAUAAUUUUAUAGCUACUUGUCAAUCCUCGAGUCACUCGUACUCUGAUGGGCUGUGACGUAACCAUCACCCGUGUUAAGCCCAUCGUACCCGGCCCGGCCCAGAGAACCCACACAGACACAGCUCGAUGAUUCGAGUAUAUGAAUGUCCUCCUGAGAUCUCAAAGUCCUACGCUGCUAUAAGCUUCCAACAUCCUCCCAACCAGCCAUACCUGCGGAUCGAACUCUAGCCAAGCAACAGAGAGGGGGGGAGAGAUGACAGGUGUGGAGCCAGCAAUUAUCGGUGCAAUCGCUAACUUGGCGGCCCCGGUCCUGCCUAUAGCCAUUAAAGGGAUACAAGGUGCACUGAAGAAACGGCAAGUCCGUGACAGUGAUGUUGAAACCCUGAAAUCCCAGCUUAGCUACAUCCAGGGCAUCAUCCGUGAUACUCGGAAGACUAUCAGGAGUUCCCAAGACCCGUCCGACAGGCUUCAAUCCUGGGCUGGAUACCUCAGAUGCUUGGCGUACGACAUCGAAGACCUAAUAGAAGGCCGCCGUGCCGGAACCAUGACAGGUGCGAAGCUUAAUGGCAAGAUUACUAUCAUCCAGGAUUUAAUCAGAUGUGUACAGUCCUAUCCGGAGUUUAUGGCGGUUCCGACGAAUGAGGCUCCUAGUCAAGGCGCUGCUUCUUCCUCCACUACUUCAAGCACCCAGGGCUUUCCGCUGGCUGAUCUUGUGGGCAAGAAGGAGGACCUCGAUGAGCUUCUGGACCUCCUCGUCCGGAGACCCGACAAUGAGCUGGACAAGGUCCUCAAGGUGAUGGUGAUCUCCGUCGUCGGCUUCGGUGGCAUAGGGGAGACCAAGCUUUGCCACACAGUGUACACGGACGUACAGGAGAGCAGAAGGUUCUCCCUGCAUGCGUAUGUCAGCGCUGCUGGGAAGGACUGCAGCAUCGUUCUGGAAGAGAUAAUCGAGCAAUUUAGACUGCAAGAGGAUCCACAAGAUAGCAGUGGUGGAUUUUUUCACAGAUUCGCCGGAGCGUUUCCUGGGGCUCGUCGUACUGACCAAGUUCAUGGGUUACCCGAGUAUCUCCAAAGGAAAAGGUAUUUUGUGGUGGUGGAUGGCGUGGAGUCUGAAGAACUGGUGAGUGGCAUAGCAUCUGCCUUCCCGGAUAAUAGUAUGGGCAGUAGAAUUAUCAUGGGUAUGAGGACCGCAGUGGGCAGGGAUGCAGAGAGAUGUGUGGGUCAUCAUCACAAGAUGUGGCCACUUGAAGACAAGCAGUCGGUGGUGUGCUUCCUAAAUGAAGCGGAGCGGCGGCGACGACGACAUGAACAAGACGACCACUCGUCGUUCAUUAGGUUUCAGGAACAAGACCACUCAUCAUCCUGUUUGCACAAGGUAUGUGAUGGCGUACCACUUGCGCUGGUUAGCGUAUGUGAAGUCCGCAGAGGGUCCAUCAUCACUGCUGCCGUUGAAGAACAAGACCGCUGGCCACACAGAAUGCCCAAGGUGCUCGACCACAGCUACGAUGGUCUGCAUAUCCGGGGUGCUGGGAGCUGUCCGAACCAAUACAUCCCCUAUCUCCAAGCCUGCCUGCUGUACUUUGCCAUGUUCCCCCGCGGCAAUCAUGUCAAGAGGGGAUCCCUGAUCAGGCGAUGGCAGGCGGAAGGCCUAGAGUUCGGAGGCAGCAAUCAAGCUGCCGAAAACCUCAAGGCCCUCGUAGACCGGAACUUCGUUUGGCCCCUCCAUGCGAGCCUGAAUGAGCACGCCAAGACAUUCCAGCCUCCUGGAGUGGUGCUCAACUACAUCUCCCGCAGGUCUCAAGAGGAGGAAUUCAUCCUCAGGUCUUGUCCAAGUGGGGAACUUAAUCCCAAUUACAGCCGCCGGCUUUGUCUACAUCCUGCCGAGGAAGAAGAAGGUGAACCCCAACCCGUGGUCAUUACCAACGGUUCUGUACCACCACGCCUGCGAACUCUGGCUGUGUCCUGGGGGCAGCAACAGGCCAGCAGGAUUGCUGAAUGCGAGCAGCUCCGAGUGCUGGAUCUGGCGUCAUACAAUGGUCUACAGCCAGACCAGCUAGAGGAGAUAUGCAAGAAACUGAAGCUUCUCAAAUAUCUGAGCCUCCUGCCAGAUAUCAUCACUCAAGUUCCAAGCUCAAUGUCUAAUUUGCAGUGCUUGGAGACACUCGAGGUGGGGGAGGUCAAUGGCAGGGCGGCAGUUCUGGUGCCUAUCCAAGUCUUGGAACUGCCACGCAUAAAACACCUAAUCGGAAAAUUUGAGCUUAUUGACAACUUCAACGGACUACCAAUUAGGGCUUAUCCAGAUGCACUAGUACCAAAGGCAAUCAAGGAAAGCAACCUGGAGACGGUGUCGGGGUUCUUCACCCGCAGAGGCCAAGGAUUUCCGCCACUCAUGCGUCACAUUAGGCAGCUCAGGAAGGUGAAGAUAUGGUUCUACAGGGAUGCAGAACCCAAAUACCUAGCAAGCUAUCUCCCGAAAGCGAUUACAAAAUUCCUCAGGAAUGACAACGUUCAUCGCUCCCUGUCACUUGACUUCCAGGAUGGCCCAAGACAAACAGAAAUACUGCAGGCUUGUGUGGCUGAAGCUAGCGGUAAUCUUUACUCCCUGAAGCUGUCGUCCGGCACAAAUCUGAGCAGGAUCCAACUGUCGGUUAUUGCCACCAACAAGCUGACUGGAAUCACAAAGCUAUGCCUUUCCCGCUGGAAAACGAUAACGUUGGAUGCAGAAUUUCUGAAUGAGCUGACCAAAUUGGCCAGUCUGACGUAUCUGAAGCUGGAUGCAGAAACAAUAAAAGGUACGUACGACCAAAACCCAACACCAGGAGGAAAUAACCAAGAGAAGGUCGUCAUAGAGACUGGGCACAUUGCAAAUCUGCGGCGGAUGUGCCUUGUGGCCAGGCAGACGCUGCCCGACAUACAAGUCAAGCCUACAGCUCUGCAACGACUCGUUUCACUUCAUCUCAUCAGUGAAACGGACGAUUAUUGUCCUUCCGCCAACGUCAUCUGUAAAGCCAACCCCCAGGACGACAACGAGCCGGCGCCGUUCACGAGCCUCCAGGAAGUCUCGCUGAAUGCUACGGUACCCGAAAAUUUAAGGGAUUCUUGGCGUAAUGCUGCAAGGGACCAUCCAAAGAGGCCACGAAUUCUCUUCAUCCAACACCCUCACCGUGCGGGAUAACCCCUAUAUGUUCUUCGUUUGAAACCUCCAAGUUCGAUCUGUCACUUUCUCCACGCAGUGCUCCUGCUUCUUCAAGAUUGAUUCGUCUCCUUAUAUAUUAUACUUGCCUCCACCUUCAUUCAAAUAAUGUUUGAUUGUAUUCUUUUUGUAUACUGCGGUUUUGUAUCCGUUGAGGUAAUUUUUCAAGCUGUUGAGCACUAAAAAUAGCACGAACGGUCUGGCCCUGAGGCCGGACGGUCCGUGGUCCUGACGGUCCGCGCCUGUGGGCCGGACGGUCCGCUCAAGCGCAGAACAGAUUAUGGUUU